ACCCAUUUUACAUCAGCGUGGCAACGCAAUUUUUGGGUGAAAAAUUAUUAUAAAUCGUUGUAAAAGUGAAAAAUACAGCAGUGCUGUGCAUACAAAAAGCAACAAAUUGUGUGCACCGAUAAGCAAUACAAGCUAAACAAAGCAAGCUUGCUUCCAAUUUCUUUUCCCCAAGCCCGAAAGUGUCACCGCCAAGACGUACGUGCGAAAAAUGUUUUGGGACAAGGGUUAUGCGCCCUCGGCGAAUAUAGAGGCGCUGCUGGAGAAGGAGAAUUCCACGCUAGAGGAAUUUCUCGACGAGGAAGACAUACUUCAGGAGUGCAAAACUCAAAAAAAGAACCUCGUCAACUAUUUUACACGGCCCGAAGUUAUUAGACGACUCGUCGAGCUAAUCACUACGGAACCGUCCGAGGAUGUACCCAUGUCGCAGCGUUUUCGCUAUGCAAACAUGUCAUGUGAGAUACUGACACUAGGCCUGCCGUCCCUGGAUGAGAAGCUACUGUCGGACGCUGAGACACUACAGUUGCUGUAUUCAUAUCUGGAAAAGGAACCACCGUUAAAUCCAUUGCUAUCAUCGUUUUUUAGCAAAACGUUUAGCAUGCUCUUUACCAAAAAGCCUGAACAAGAUUGGUUUUUGUAUCAACACAUGUGCCUACAACUCUUGGAGUAUAUUAAAUCGCAGAAGAAUUUUUUGGAUUUCAUUUGUAAACACUUUGACACACCGGUCAUACCUGAUUUAAUAAUGCAAAUGAUGAAGGAUAUCGAUGGCGGUCAACUGAAGCGCAACCUAUACGAAUGGCUUACUGAAGAUAAACUUGUUGAGAGACUGAUUGCAAUAUUGCGUAAUCCUCAAGAAACCGACAAACAUGCAAAUGUUGCGGACUUUUUCUGUGAUCUUAUUAACCAAGGACGUCUAAUGCGCCAAACUGAACAAGAGAACGAUUCAUUUGAGCCUGCUUUUGAUGGCUCGAACCCCAUAUUGCGUACGAUUGAAUCUGCACAGACAAUUGAAGCCUUGCUAAAUGUGAUUUUGGAACCAAACGCUCUAGAGAGCGCCAUCUUAUCAGGAAUAUCGGUUGUACUUACGCUUAUCAAGCCCAUAACAUUCACUGAUGAACCUAACUCGGAUCGCCAGCGCUUGCUGCAGAAACGUGAGCGGGAGUUUCAUCAGGAAGUACAGGAGACUGUGAUUAAUGUCAUGGCGCCGAGACUACCGGAAUUUGUGCAUGUGCUAAAGAAUCCUCCGGCGAAGCCAACGCUGGAGACAACUGCGGCGGUUUUGACGCCGCCCUUUGGCAAAACGCGACUGCAGGUAUGUCGCGUAUUCACGGCGCUGCUGGAGACUAAGCACGAGACCAUACAAAAGGCCAUCUGCGAUACGGAGUAUUUUGGUUUGCUACUGGACUAUUUUAAGGAAUACUGCUGGAAUAACUUUUUGCACAGCGAAUUUGAAAAGGCCAUGGGCAUAGUUUUCUACAACGAGCUGUCGAAUAACAACACCACCUCAACGGAGUGCACUGACAUAUUCCAGGAUGAUUACAUUUUCAAUUGUCUUAUAAAAAGCGCCGAGGAACCUCUGACUACGAAUAUCACUGAGGUGGAAAUUAAAAAUGCCUUAAACAAUGUAAAACGUGCUGAGGGCGGCAAAGAUGAUGAGACGCAGGAUAUAGAAAUUGAAGCUGCGGCAGCUCAGCUUGAAGCUAAUACUACGGAAGAACAUGAUGAGAAUGUCAAUUCAAGAGCUGUUGAAAUGGGUGCCACAGUUGAAAACCACCUGGAAAAUGAUUUGCCCAAUGAAGCUGGCGCUGAAACUAUCGAUGCUCAACCCGAGGCGGGAACAGAACCAACGGAGGCACCGCUCAAUGAUCUUGACAAGACCAAAAUUCCAAACAACCUGCCCACUGAGAUGCAAAUACAUCUCAUUGUGAAUUGCAAGCUGAUGUCUAAGUUAAUCAGCUACUGGCAACAUAAUGCACUAAUGCAAUCUGCUGAAAAGGGUCGACGUCUGGGCUAUAUGGGGCAUCUUAUUAAAAUUCUCAGACAUAUUACGAAUUGUAUAUCAGAAUCUGAACAUAUCGCUACACUGAUUGUCUCCAACUAUGCUGAUGAGUCCGAAGUGGAGUUUUGGAAGGCGCUGAUCGAUGCUGAGAGCGGUGAAUUUACCAAGGAAGUGUCGCAGCAGACAAAGCUGCUGGACCACUGCAAUCCAGAGGAUAAUGAGUAUCACUCGGGCUCAAAGGAUUUCCUCGGCGAAACCAAUACAUGGGACACCGGUGCAAUGUCCUACAGCAAUGUUUGCUAUAGCGAUUUGGAUAAUACGCUGCAGGACAUAGUUUUUUCCAUGGACAACGAUCAAAAUCUGUUUCAAUUUGGGCGUAGUAUCGAUGACGAUGAUGAUGAUGACGACGAGCAUGGGGGCAGUGGUGGCGAUGGCCAUGGCCAUGGCAUGUUUACCAAAAACUCCAUGACGCUCAACAAUCUAGCCGCCGAUCCCUGGGAUCUGGAAUUUGCAGACAUCACAGGAGGAUCAUCAGACGUCAACGUUGGCAAUAUUGCCAAUAUUGGCACUGCCAAUUGGGGUGCGGAGUUCAAUAGUGACAAUUUUGCAGACUUUGAUGCACACUUCAGCAGCUAUAGCAAUGAUCUUGGCAUGCCAAGCACGACACAACCGGCCAGCGAUGCAUCACAGCCAGUUGAGGCAACCGAGACAAACCCAACGCAACGAACUCAUAACUGUGACGACGUGCACAUGAGCACUACUACAGAGCAUUCGUCUAUGGAGGAUGACCAGCAAGCGGAGUACGACAACAAUGCCAAUGUGGAGAAGGCAACCAGCGAUAAAAUGAGUGAGGCAAGUGGGACUGAAACAGCGCCACCGCCACCGCCUGUAGUUGCCACUUCGAUUGUAAGCAGAUUGCAGUCAGUGUUGUUGGACGGCGAAGAUGACUACGAGGAUGACGAGGGCGUGUGGACCAAGCCACUUGGUGGCGAUGCUGUGGCUGACGCAACGACGCCAGAUGAGGAGUCUGCGCCAAUUGCGAAUGGACCCAGCAAAGUUAUUGAAUUUAAUCAUACCAACGACAACAGCAGCAGCCACAGCGACGCAAACGCCGACGGCAAAAUCACAGAAAAUUUGGAAGAAGCGCAACCGAAAAAAUCAACUAAUAUUGCAGUUGCUGCAACAAAUAAUGAAAUUUCAACAACGACAACAUAAAUGUGACGCACACGCACAUACCAACACCCAUAUACACGUCCACACAACACAACAAACACACAUUCACUCAAAUACACCACAUCAGCAAUGUAAUUUGUAUAGCAUAAAAUGUGUCGAAGAAUUGUAAACAUAAAA